AAACGAGGUUUCCCCAAGAGUAUUUAAAUUUUUCGCUCUGUACACAUGUAGUAAAGUUGGUAAGCAAGACCUGGAAGCUGAAAGAAGAAAAUGAAUUCACGAGAAGAAGAAGAGGGAUUGUUAAUGGCAAAGCUUGAUGUUGUAAAGGAUAUAAGAUCGAAAACAAUAAAGCUUGAAAAGCUCAAGGCAAAAAUAAUGCAGCAGCUGCAGUCAUUCAAAGUUGAGGACGAACACCUUCGGGAUUAUAAAGCAGAAAUUGAGCAUCUGAGAAGAGAAAAGAUGAUGCACGUGGAAUCACUAAGACUUAUCGAAAGAAAUCUAGCUGUGAUGGAAAAAACUGUACUGCAAGCAAAUCAAGAAAGAGGUAGGCUCCAGGAAAGAACAUAUCUCUUGUUUGAGGAGUACAAUCCAUUGAAAAAUGACAUUGAUGCACACAGAAUGCAAAUUGGAUUGACAAAAUUGAAAGAUAUUCCGGAAAAAGACCUUAUUCAGGCUGACAGCUCUUGCAAAUCUAAUUUUUGCCAGCCCUCACAAUCGGUUGGUGAAGCAUCAUCUCAUGAAGGUUACAGCUCAGAUAUAUGCUCAUACUAUCAUCCAAAUUUACCUCCAACAUUCAUACCUCCAAAUCAACUGACGAAAUUGCACAUAACUCGAGCACCAAGACGACAGCAACGGCCCCCAAUGAAAUCAUGCACGUCUUGUCAAGAACUGAUACAUAGAAAUGCUCCUGUCUGUCCAAUGUGUAAAGCAAAAAGCAAAUCAAGGAAUCCAAAGAAUCAAAAACGGAAACUUGAUGAAUGAAUUAAUCUCGCUGAUGUAUAAUUUGUUGUAUAUAGUUCGCUGUAUAUAGUUAUCAUAUUAAAGACAUA